UCUGCAUACACGGCGACCGGCAUGUCUUCUUCCAGCGCCUCCACGCCACCUUCCUCCGGUAGCAGCAGCAAGGCGGAACGGGGCGUCGACCCCAUUUUAAGAAAUGCUCUGCGAUACACCAUCAGCCCCCGCGAAUACCAGUUGCUGCACCAGUACCUCCUCUCUCGUGCGCCCUCAGCGGUCAAGAAGCGCGCCCCGCCUCCGCGUCGGUACGAUGCCAUCGUCUCCAAGGGAAAGGGUACAGGAGGAGGCAAAGGCGGGGAUGACUUCAAUGCCGCUGCCGUCAGGGCAUCGCUGCGACUCGCCGUCGUGACCAUGUCCGGCUUGAAGGCGUGGGAGGUUAUAACCACCAAGCUCUUUGCCAGAAGGACGGUGCAGAAGACGCAGCAGCGGCUGCCCGUGUGGAAAUCGCCCAACGUCCGUCUGACAUGCUCCCUGUCCUUCAUUCUCCUCUUCCACCGCUUGCUACGACGCUUCUUCACUCGUCUGCGCGAGAGCCUCCUGACCCCAGAUGCAAAGGGGUUUCGGCGCCGCAAUCCACGCGUCGCCAAAUCUUUGACCUCCAGACUGGCCCCAGCCAUCGGAUCGAGUCUUGCAGGUUUCUUCCUUGCAGUCUCCUCCGGCGACCAGCUGCGCGUCACAAUCGCACUCUACUUCUUCACGCAAACUCUUGAGUUCAGCUACAACUAUCUGGAAGAGCUGGGUUAUUUUCGCAACAGACCCUCAUGGUUCGGCUCCUGGAUGCUCAUGCCACUGUCCUGCGGCCAGCUUCUCCACGCCUUUGUUUUUGACCGCGACUGCUUCCCUGCUUCAUACGGCAGAUUCGUUCUCGACAACUCCCCUGAAUACAUCCAAGAGCGCCCCGACGCAUAUCCAAUGGACCUCCAAUGGCCUGGCACCUUUGAUAUCGUCGAUAGCUUGGCUCACAUCUCCAAAGCGCGCUGGCUACCUUUCACCUCGCCCAUCCUCUUUCCCAAUUCCGAAACUCUACCUCGCUCUCUCACAGCAAUAGCACCCAUUACAUCACCUGCACAUCCAGCCAUAAAAAAUCUCUCAUGUGCACUUCUCCACCCCAACGACCCUUCCUGCAUGCGCACCUACCUAUCAUACUGGAUUAAAGCUUUUCCCAAAAUCGCCCGCCUCUUCACCCUGGUUCUUACUGCCCUCAGCAUUCCGCGCUACAAAACCUUUCUCGCCUCGCCAAUGUCUGCCACCAACAAUCUCGCCAAAUCCAUUCUUCGUAUGUCGCUCUUCAUCUGCGGUUCCAUUGGCACCUCCUGGGGCUCCAUCUGUUUGUUCCAACAUACUUUCCCCCGCUCUUUCCUCCCUACGCAGCGCUGGUUCCUUGGUGGCUUCCUCGGCGGCAUGUGGGCUUUUGUGCAGCGCAAGCAGGGCCGCGGAAAUGCGCUGUAUUCUACACGCAUGAGCAUUGAUUCGCUGUGGAAAGUCGGCAUCAAGCGCGGAUGGUGGAAGAGCGUCAAAAAUGGCGAUGUGCUACUCUUUGUGGCGAGUCUGGCGGCUGCAAAUAUUAUUUACGAACUCAAACCGAAGAGCGUCAACAGUGGGGUUGUUGGAAGGGCAUUGGGUGUAUUGAGAGGAGAAGGAUUGGUCGAUCGCGCUACGUUGAUGCCCGGCGAGGAGGAGAGGACGAAGGAGCGGGAUGAAUGAUCGAAUGCCAACGCUGUUUUAUUGAUUUCAAUGACUUUUAUUCUUUAUAGCUCUGUCUUUAAUACUCUGUCACGGAAAGGGGGGCUCUGGUAUGCUUUGGUGGGUCGGUCCGAAGGGAAAUGACUUAUGAGUCUCAGCGUUUUUUGGAUGUAGUGCCAUAUUCCCAGUUGUAUUUGUCGUAUUGUAUAUUGUCUGUUUUUGUAGUCAAUCUCUGAGACCCACACACUGUAGAUCAAAACUUUGCGAUGUCGUAUGCAUAUGUGUCCAAUGUCCCUCAGCCCAGAUCUCUCCGC